AUGCAGAAUUUUGUCAGCAUCCAGCAGUACAUGAAUGCACAGAGACAGCUCAUCGCACAAUGUAUUCGUGAAUUAGAAGCCUCAAUUUUACUAGAAGUGGGCUCUAACUCCAUUUAUCCACCUGAUCAUGACAGUAUCUAUAACAUGGACGUGAUUCGACUUGACAGACUGUGGAGUGACCUAAUGCGACUGCCUCCGAAAACUUCCAAUAGUGCUCCUACGGGACAUGAUGUAAAUGUCAACUCCUUCGAUCCGCUGAAGCAAAUCCUUGAUCUUUUUGUGGAGGUCAUUGCCACCCUUCAAAACGAAGGUGUGACUCUGAGGCUCCUUUGGUCCCUCGACCGUGGGAUUGAACGUGGCUUCUUCACACCUUUACAUGUAACCAAUGCUCUGUUAUCAAGACACGAGUUAACGGUAGAUAACCAGGUGUUCUUCCGGAGUGUGUUCAGAUUUUUGCUGAAGCUUGUCUUUUAUCUCGAUUACAAGAAUAAUCGACUAGUUUUCAUCAAGACCAUUGAUAAGUCCUUCCAAUUCACCUCAGAUGCACCGCUCAUACACUUCUACAACCCGGCUGUUGAAUUGAUACAAGUACUCCUGUGUCGUGAAAUAAACCUCCUGCCUGCCUACUUCACCAUGUAUGAGCUUAAUAAAUUCAGAGGGGACAAAAGCAUCCGCCCUAAUAGACUCAUUGAAGGCGAAGUCGAGAGAUUUAUGGCGGACUUUGAUUUCCCUCUACGAAUUUUGUAUUCCUAUCACGAGUUGGAAAUGGUGCCGAUUGCGGGCAUAACUCUGGAAAAUCAUCCGUGUUUUCGGUUGGAUCCGGCCGAGCUGACCCUUUCCAUGUUGCGUCAGGCUAUCCUCUACCCACCCGCCUUCAAAACCCGUCAACUGGGUCUCGCCUGUGACUUGCUGGGUCAACUGCGCUGCACCCAACUGGCCUCCAGUCUCCUCGCCUGCGACAAAUGCCAAGCCAUGGGGCCACACAUGACGCUGGUGGGUCUGGCAAUAAGUGAGUUGAUCUUCUCGGUGAUGGAGAUUACAGAGGAGGAGAAGUGCACCGAUUGGACCAUCCGAAUAUUCAGUCACCUGGCUGGUCUCGUGAUUUGCUUCGUUAUAGACCGAGUCGUACGCCUCAACGACAUAAUCUCCGAACUCAAUUCCAAGGUGAUCGCUGGGAGAACUUGGCCUAUUUCCCGUCACUUUGUCAUGUGGUUUACCCUCGUAUGUAUGUCGGGCUUCGUUGAAAAGAAUAAGUUGACCGACUUCGUGUCGUGCCUGCACCUCUUCGACCAACUUUUCCCUGAGGCUGACGAGUUGGACAACGCAACAAUGCAACGUCUGGAGAAGCUAUGGACGGAGGACCUGGACCGCUGGGCCGCCCGACACCGUCCCGUAGUCCUGAAGACACUGGAGGCGAUGAGUCUUAACGGCUCUGACCUACGCUUCGUUCUCUUCUCACCCGACCGCCUUUUUGGCAGCCGGCUUCCUGAUGGCGCUAAACCGGAGUUAAAUGGAAAAGAAGGCGGAGAAUUCAUGGAUGAAAAUGAGGCUACAACAGCAUCUGGUGCUGUUAUUAAUGGUGCUGAUUAUUACGAUGAAGGUGUUGGUGACGAUAGCAACGACACUACAAGUGACGAGGAGUCUUCUCCAGAGGAUUCGGAUUUACUUCUUCCAAAGAGGUCCACGACGGCUUUAAAAAGUGGGGGAAUGAGCGGUAGGCGAGAUGAUGAGGACAUGACACACCUGGUGGUGGCGGCAGCGUGUGCCUGGGAGAUGGUUUUGCAAAUGAACAGUGGGGGUGAGGAGGUGGGCGUCGGUGGAGGGUCCGGUGGUCGUACUGUGAAGGAGUGCCACUUGCCUCGAACCAUGCCACCUCUGCUCUACCCCCUGCAGGCACAAAUUGCCGGCUGGUUGGAGCAUCUCAAAGAAUCCUGUGUUGGCUGUGGCAGCGCCGUGGAGUCGGGUGAAAACUCGGUGGAUACUCAGACGCCGCAGGUGGCUCAGUCUCUCUCUUGGCUUAAGUUCAUCAUUACGCUUAAUACUUAUUCACCAAACGAAAAUUUGCAAAUCACGCGGAGCGUGGUGACUUCCUUUUGGUUGCCAAGCAACGACCCUCUUCCGGGAAUUGGGGGUGGUCUUCCACUCAACAACGGUACAUUCACGCUGCCCUACGGGUUGAGUGGGGCCGGCCGUCUUAAUCCCCUUUCUCACCGACUCAUCCAAAAGAUGUCCAUUCACCUCCAAAUGAUAUUUUGUAACGAGAUGCGCCAAAAGCUGAGCGAAAUGACGAAGCCGCCGUGUGGUGAGACAGGACCUGCUUAUCUGACGUCGCCAGCCACUCUAGAGACAUUCAGUCGGUUCCUCUCUUACCAGGUGGAGAAAAACCUUAUCAUUCUCAUUCGGGAGAUAUAUCGGCGUUGGCUGCUUGAAAGUGGGCCCAUAAAUAUUCCUCUCUACUAUCAUCCGGUUGAUGAAGACGGCACGGCUAGGGACGAAUGCCAUCCAACAAAUGACGACUUUUACGCCUUCACAUUUUGGUUUGACCUUCUCGGUCACCGAUUGGUUGAGGCUCUUCCUGCGGAGCACCGUCUCAGCUAUCGUGAUGAACUCUUCCUCAGAGUGGAUUUGGAGUCCCAUGAACUCGUCUACGCACUCGAUUGGAUUAUCGUUCAAUUUUCUCGACGUAUACUCACGCCUGACUGCAUCCUCUACAACCUUCAAUCCUCCUCACUUCAACAACAGUUCUCGCAACAACAACUGCCGCUUCACUCACAUUCACGGGAGGUGACUUCACGCGUCAUUUUGUUCUCCACUCUUCAGGCCGUUUGUGCCUAUGAUCUCCUAGAGGCGGGUGAUAUGCGUUGCCAGGUAGAGGAGCAGGUGAUGCGAUGCCAAAUAAAGGAACAAUUUAUGACAAUGCAGGCGGAGACGCGGGCCAUUUUUGGCGAGGAAUGCGGUCGCCUCCAACUUCCAGCGGUCAUUGCGCGCUUCGCCGAUCUUCUGCCUGCCACUCCUCCAUUCGCUGCUCCGCCCCAGGCACCCAUCUUCAACACAGAGGUCGCUAACACGUCCGAAGCUGAAACCUACUUUACUCUCCGUGAACGGCUUAUGCUCUCCGUGCACGAGCUAUACAAUUCCCUCCUACCUGAGUCAGUUGAUGUGCAAAAGGGUCUUUAUCACACCCUAUUUAGCAACAUUUUGCAGUUGCCACCGGCAAUAGUGAACGCUCAGGUGAAAGUGUUGUGCGAGUACCUGAUUACAGCAAUAAGCAAAUUUGAGGAGCUGGAACGACAAAACCUGCCUCUACCUACACACAUUUGCGCGCCCUGUAAAAUGCUAUCCGCUAUCAUUACUUUUUGUAUUCAGUAUGGAAUCAUUACAAUGGACCGUCUGCUAUUGUACCUUCUGAUCAUUGCCAAUUCACCCCUGUCCUUUCUGAUACAGUUCGUUCGUUCGAAUUAUUCGCCGAUUGAUGUUGCUGCUGUCCACAGCAUUGCCAUAUUCCUAAUCACUCAGUGCCCCCAACUCGUGGAAUCUAUCAAAGUGGUGGGGAAUUUUGCUCCCAAUUCAUCUAAUAUUCUCACAAGCCCUCGGUGGCCGGAAUUGCUGAAGCGUCUGCACACGGUUCUCCCAGAGAAGCAGGUGAUUCUCCUGCCUCCGUCCACCAACGGCCAUGCCAGUGCAUCUCCUCCCACGGUUUUGCGCCGACGGCCCUGCCAACCGGUCUACUACGAUCACAUCGUCCUUCGUCUCAUUCCCGUCCUCGAGAUUAUCUUCACCUCCUUCCUUGAUAAUCCACCGCCUCUCCUUCAACUUGCUCGUUUCUGUGACAUUGUCGCACCUCUCUUCAGGCUCCACUCACACCCAAUGAGUCUGUGCUUCCUCCUGCUGCGGGGCCAAUUCCACCAUUUCAGUAGUGGUGCAGCAUCGGUUUCGGGGGCAGCGCAGGGCGCAACCACCCCCAACACCCCCGGCUGGGGACACUUGCAGCGGCCGACCUGGCGUAAUCCCACUCAGGUGGACGGGGUGACCUGUCAACUCAUCAUUCGUUGCAUUCUGCGUGUUCACCAGGCUCUGGCGGAGCGCGCCAACGCUCAUCGCGAGUGUGCACAGGCAUUCAUGAACAGUGAACAGAAAGUGUGUGGCCUUCUUUCACCCCCGGCUUGGAUGACUCUGGAUACUCUGCACAAGGCGGCAAUGCGAGUCGGGGGCUGCGACGCCGUCCCCACAGACGCCGACUUUGCGAACUGCCUUCGAAUGGUCUAUGGUUCCGAUGAGGAGAUCCGUCUUGCUUCCGCUCUCCACUCCACUGCUGAGAGUGCCUUUCCUGAGCUUGAGUCCCAUCUCUCGCGUCUCCUCCAUCCUGUUGUUGGGGUCAUGAAGAAGUACGGACUGCACGGGGUUCCUUCGGCGUGGCGCGACUGGCGCAGUGAGGAGAAUGUGAACCCUCAGGCCGCGGGCAUCUAUGCAGUGGCAGUGGAGUUGAUGGUUCUUCACCCACCCUCCGACACCUCACGAGUUCCCCAGGCCGCUGGAUGCCUCAUGGAAUGCCUCCGCGAACGGUACUUUAGCACCUUGUGA